AUGAAGAAAUACUUGAAUUAUUCAUCACAAAGUCAAAAACAACAGUCUCAAACUUUACGAAUUUCAGAAAAAUCUCAGGAAGUGCAAUGCAUGAACUUGAAGGAAGAGGUGCAUCCAAAACAGCUUGAAGAGCUUACCAAACAAGAGAAUAGUGUAAUCAAACAACUGUUUUUCGAUCAGAAAAUUGUUACGGAAAGAUUUCGUCGACGAAUCGGAAAAAGUUUGAUGCUCAUGAAAUCACACGACGAAAUGAAGAAGUACUUAAAUAGUUUUGCUCAAUUUAGUUUGCAACAGAAAAAUAUGGACACUAAACUUAGUUCUCGUAAACAGCUUUCAUCGUCAAUCUCUCACCCCCAACGUCCUAUGACAGCGAGUGAGAUGAGAUUACGAGAAUGGGAAGUAAAAAUUUACAAACUUGGUACACAAUUACAAAGAUCAAAAAGUGCACCGGCAAUGAGAAGAAAACCAUUUUGUCGGUCCCCUUCAAACGGCAGUUAUGUCGGUUUCUAUCUUUACAUUGACUGUUGUAAGCAUAAUACGUUAUCGUGCAAUAGUACAUCCUUUAAAACGUCAGGUGACUCUAUCUCAAUCACGAUGUAUCAUUAUUGGAAUAUGGUUAUUUUCUACGAUAUUAAUGUUACCACAUUCAGUGACACUAACUGUUGAAGGUAAAAAAUGUUUGGAAAAGUGGCCAAAUGUGAAAUACAGAAGACUCUACACGACGUCAUUG